GGCGGAGGUGACGUAGGACGCGCAGGCUCGGGCCGGUGGGAGGGGUUUGGACAAGAUGGCUGGAUCCACAGUUAAAGUCCCUCGUAAUUUUCGCUUGUUGGAAGAACUUGAAGAAGGUCAAAAAGGAGUAGGCGAUGGUACAGUAAGCUGGGGCCUUGAAGAUGAUGAAGAUAUGACACUUACAAGGUGGACAGGCAUGAUUAUUGGACCACCAAGGACAAACUAUGAAAACAGAAUAUACAGUCUGAAAGUAGAGUGUGGACCUAAAUAUCCAGAAGCACCUCCAACAGUUAGAUUUGUAACUAAAAUUAAUAUGAAUGGAAUAAAUAAUUCCAAUGGAAUGGUGGAUACACGGAGCAUACCAGUGUUAGCAAAGUGGCAAAAUUCUUAUAGCAUUAAAGUUGUACUUCAAGAGCUAAGACGUCUAAUGAUGUCCAAAGAAAAUAUGAAGCUUCCACAACCUCCAGAAGGACAAACUUACAGCAAUUAAUUUUAGCUGAUUCUCAAACUUCUGUCUUAAAACAACAACCUUCUACUCAUAUUAAUGUCUUGAUUAAAUCUCACAAUGCAAACCACCCACACAUUAAAAGAAUUUCAGCUGGUAUACAUGACCUGGACAGUUGUAAGAAUAUAUAUAUAAUAUAUGUACGCCCAGUAUGUUUUUAGGCACUAUGGGAGGAAAAAAAGGCAGCACAAUUUAUUUUUUUUCUCUUAUCAAGACACUGUCAUUUAAGCAUAAGCCUGAAGUAGCUUAAAAUUGAAAUUCAGGUUUUACAAGAUGAAAGCAUGACAGAAAGUGUCAGAUUGCUGUGGAUUAAUGUAUGUUUCAGAAAAUUAAUCUCUCCAGAAGAAAAAUUAUAAAUGGCAUGCUUUACCCAUCUGGCUUAGUAAAAGAGCUGCAGUUAAAAUUGUUUUAAAGUAGCAGGUAAAGUGAAUACUGUUGCUCAUCUUGUUUAAUUUUGCUAAGGUGUGGGUGCCGACUACUAUUAGUGUCACAAAGUAUGUUCAGGAUUGUUUUGAUACCUGUAUUUAUAAAAGGGGGGAAUGGAUUCUGUUAAGCGGCUCCUGUGUGUUACAUGUAAUGGACAUGGCAAAUAUUUGUUUACAGUCUUUGUUCUAAUAAACAAUGCAUUUAAGUUUUAGUGAAACAAACAAAGGAAAUAGGUGUAUGGAUAUGUGAUUGAGAUUAAAGUUAGUCUUAAAAUGUAAAUAAAAUGUGGAAAGUAUCCUCUGAGGCUGUGCCAUUUCUAUAAUAAUGUAAUAUAUGUAUAGUACCUUGCAGAGGUAGCAAAAAGUUAAACACAAUGUAGCAGUGGGUCUACAUGCACCUUUUAUUCUUACCACUAUUUCUAUAUGCUUAUUUUAUUUGAUAACUGAAGGUAUUGGGAUUAUUGCAGAGGAGCAAAUUCCAUAAUCUGCAGUUACACUUUUUUGGACAAACUUGCAGUUCAAAACCCUUUUAAAAAAAAUAUUUUAAGUAUUCAUUCUAGAAAUGACAUUAACUAGGCCACUUAGCCUAAGCAACUCCAGAGCAAUUUCCAAACUGGACUGCUGAAAUUCUGUCCUGCUUCUGUCUUUUCAUCCUUGAAACCAUCUUCUGCAGCUGCUACCUUGUUUUUCCAUGUCACGUUUUUUCCCUCUGCACUUUAACCGCUUUUUUUAAAUCUUCAAGCUAGUUUCCUUUUUGUUCUGUCUCACUUUCUCCUUACCCCAGCGACACAUAAGUGAGAGACGUCAGGCCUUAUCAUUUUUAUUAAAACCUCUUAUACUACUGUUAAGAACUGUGUGGACAUGCCGUAUUUAGCCAUCUGCAUUCUAUGCUUCAAGUGCCAGUGGCGCAAUCUCAUUGGUUAGAAUGAUUUCUGCCCCUUCAACAGUGAAUUCUCCCCCUUCUAAUUUUACUUAUUCCUUUCUCACUAUAGUUGUAGUUGGUGACAUCCAUGGGUUAGUUCUGCUAUAGGUUUCUCAAUGUUGUUCAUGUUACCUUACUGGAAAUGAGACACUCUAAUCUCUUGUGUGGAAAAUGCAAAGAUUUGUCCAGUUUACUAAAACAAAUUGUAACCUUGGGACUAGGUCAGUGACGUGUUAUUCAAAACUUCAUCAGUAAUUCUCUUGGAAAAAUGAAUUUAAUCAAAAGUCAUCAACAGCCAGGGAACUUUCAACUUUGGUAUCCUUAUUGCCUAUCCCUAAUAUGACGAAAAAAUUGUAAGAAAAGCAAUAAACUAAGCUUUAUUAUUUUUUUUUAAUAGAAAGUUUUAGGUGGUGGUUGUCAGUAGAGGAAGGCUGUAUUUGAGAGUCCUUAAACACAUCUGACACAUUUCCAGAGUUCACUCAGUGAAAUGAUAGCUGUCAGCUACCUCAUGUCCAUGUUAUGUAACACAUCACAGUAUAUGACGGAAAAUUUGACUGAAGUGAUUUUACCACUAUGUAUUCCUAUUCCCUAAUUUUAAAUUAAUUUAGAUGUUUUGGAUUCCACUAAAUAAAAUUUCAUUAUGCUAGCACUGCUAGUCUAUAUGUAAUCUAUUAAAAUAGAAAUGGAACUAUUCAGUUCUGAGAAAUAAAUAUUCACUUUCAGGAAUCUCUCUUUAGAUUAAACAACUGGAAGAGAUUGAGAUACAUUGCCAGACUGUCAUAUGGUUGGUGACAAGAUUAACAGACGACUAGUGUGAGUGUGGAGCCAUUGAGAAACUCUCACUCUUCACUGAGUCGCUGAAUAUAGAAAAGUGUUGGCUUUCUGUUUGCACCACAUGUUGUACAAGUUAACUGUGCAAUGUCUAUUCCUCCUCGUCUGUUCUUUGAUUAUGGAUCUCUGUGGAAAUCUGCAUGCCAGUUUCAGUUUUUGAGAGCAAGAUCCAUUUUGCAUGUUGCAAACAAGCUGCACUUGAUUUUCAAAUAGACACUCUGGUUGUACAAAGGGGUAGCUACAAAACCACUCAUAAUAAUGAAAUCUAAGCAGGGCAAUUUUGAAGCAAUAUCCCCUUGUCCUAUUGAAAAAAGGCCAGAGUUGUAGAAGUGUAUAGUUUAUCAUUAAAUAAACUCUUAAAAUGGCCAUAGAUUAUUGUACAUAGGUCAAUAGGUGAGACCCUUAAGGAUGAUUUCCUACUAUUAAAGGAUUCAAAACAUAACUGCUUGUCCUCCAAUUAGGUCACAUUAUGAUUUGAUAAGUCCAGUUUUUUGUCUGGUAAUUUAUUUUCUGUGCUUUUUUGGGGUUAACUGUUUAAACCAGGUUUUAAAAAAUGUAUUACUAUGUUAGUAUUAUGAUAUAACAGGAUUUUUAAGCAUGGGUUUCCAAUGGUUAGUGGUUUGUAAUUUAAUAAAGAAGUUUGUGCUUUUUUUGUAAGUACAAUACUAGAGUAAAUAGAGCACCAAUUUAAACCAAACCACGUGGGGGAGAAAAAUCAAAACCUCCACAUGUAGCGCAUUUUCAAAUUAUGUUGGAGAAUUGGUAUAAUAGAAGUGAUCUUUAACUGGAAUUUAAACUUGUGCUGUACUCUGAUACCUAGCAAAUGUGCUAAAUUAAAUUCUGCUGGGUAAAUGCAUAACAGGAGAAAAAUUUACAUAUGUUGUAUUAAUUUCAUGUAUUGUAGUGACUUACUGUUUAAAAUUUAAUGAGCUGCCCUUUAUUUCUACUACCUGUGCUAUUUAUAAUAUUCUGUAUUCUUUUACAUUUUGCAAGAAAGUGCAAAGUAUUAAUAUAAGGCCUGAUCCUGCAACAUGCCUGGCACACUCAAAUCCCCUUAAAGUCAAUGGUAUUUGAGGAUGUGUAUGUAGCACCUUGCAGGGUUGGGACAAGAGUGAGAGUCCUUGGGAUAUGGAUGCCCAGCCAGUCUUAAAUGUUCAUUGUUACUGUGAAUACAUGUAAAAAUUAUGAUUAGGGCUGUCGA